CAUUACCUAGUACAUCUGUCACAUAGGGAACAUACCACUAUUGAAGCUUACUGUUUAUUUUACUGCUGUGCCUCUUACCAUGGAGAGCCAAGUAGUGAACUAUCUUGUUGUUUUUGCCGGUCUUGUUGCUAUCAAAGGAUUUGUCGUCAUAAAGUCAGGUUAUGCAGACAAUCAAUUCCACGAUAAAGAUGAUCUAUACCUCAAGGACUGGCAAAAUGCGGGGAACGAACUCGACAUAGCGGAAUGGCUGGAGAACAAUGACAUGUCCCAUUACGACGUUCGUUCGAAUGAGACAGGAGCCUUUAACGGCUCUGCCUUUGGCAACUGGAAUCGAUUCGGAUACUCUUUGUGGGAAGUUGUUGGCAAUAAUGCCAGCGUUUCUGCGUAUACCAUUGAGAAGUUCAAUGUUACAUCAGAUAACAUUACUCUUAUAGUUCCAACAUACUACAACGUACAAUUUACCGGAAACAAGAAAAUGGCACAGUGGACAAAGAAAAUAAACAGUAAGGUAUUACUGAUGAACGCUACUCUCAUCACGUUGUCCAGUACCGACGGAUCUGGAAAGGGUCAACUGGAAUUCAAAUCCAGCGAAAGCGGUAAGAUGAGUGAGAACGAAACCCUCCACACCACACAAAAGGACAGUGGCCGGUCCACCACUUGGCACGUCCAAAGGAAUGGCGUCAUCAACAGCUACGACAAAUACACCAAUUUCAUUCUCUUUGAGGAAGGCGGAAGUGAAAAUCAGGACAGCACUGAGGAAGCAACGCCUUCUUACAAGACCUCUUCCGUCUUAUAUAGAUUGUUAGAGGAGAUAUUCCAGUGGUCUAAACUGCCUUCUAAUUGGAGUGCCAAAGUUACGGGUUAUAUCAUGGGAAAAGAUAACGUGAAAAGAUUUAAAACAUCAAGUGAAGCACAUUAUGACUUUCCAUCUCAGCCUUUUGCCUUGUCUAGGAAUUCCAGCGGCUACAUUUGGAAUAAUAUUCACUCGCUCAGUACAACAAUGCCUGAAAAUUUCAAUAAGAUUUUAGUAGAAUUUCUUGAAUUCUUAUUCUGAAUAGAGAAUUAAACGCUCGAUUAAAGAUUUUAUUCCUGGUUUGUCAUCCCUUUAUGAAUAUAUAACUGUUAUUUAUUGAAAAAUGUUUCUUGCGUCCAGAUUUAACAAAAUCUGGACCAAUUGCGAUGAAGUUCGUCGCUUUCACGUAAAGGAAGUUGAAUUCUUCCCUGCAAUUACUUGUCUAUGACAAGUUGCUAACCCUUAUACAAAUAUAUUUAGUAAAUUACUAGGCAUUCUUUCAGCACAAAACCUCUUACACUGAAUGGCACCGUCUAAUUAGAUCUUUGAUGGCAUUACUUGUGAGGUAUUUGCCCAAUGGAUAACUUAUAUUAAUGAUAAUCAACAGGUACGAAAAUGUAAGAAACCUACAUAAUGGAAAGGAUCAUCACCAGCACAUCAUGAACCCUGCUGUGAGUUAAGCUACCCAUUAUUAAAGACGACGAAAGAAAAAAUUAUAAAUUCACACCUUAAUGCAUCAACUAUAACACAAGUUUAACGAGAGACGUAUUUUAAUUUCUUCCAAUCUUCAACAGUCUCAUACACCUACACCUAAGAAUCAUUAGUAGUAUGUCGAUCCCCUAAGAACAAAGGAUCACUAGCCUCUUGUAUGGAAUUAUCUCUGUACUUAACGGUUUUAAUACCUUAAAAAGCAGAAACAAUUUUCAUAUUUCAUUUUUUAAGGCUAAAAUAAAUAAAAUAAAAUUCA